GGUACGCCUAUGUCUCUGAAAGUACUGAAUGAAUCACGGUGCCAGACUUUACCCGGUGGAGAAAAAGCUGUGAAGCUUUGUAAUCGGCAAUGUCCAAUUCUGAUGUCCAACUGAACUCUGCUGAACAGUGUUUCCGGAUAGCAACUACUGUUUCGUUGAAUUCUUCAUCGGCCAAUUAGUUCAACAAACAAGUAGAUAAAUAGGUACCACUCCCGCGGGAAGGUAAACGAUGUUUCCAUGCACUGCUCUGGUUUGCCAGAAGCGGCUUAGUCAUGUUGGCCACAUGACCCGUAAGCUGUACGCUGGCUCCCUUGGCCAGUAAAGCAAGAUGAGUGCCGUAACCCCGGAGUCAUCCGCGACUGGACCUAAGGGUCAGGGGUCCCUUUACGUUUUUAAAAGGCCCCCAAAUUGACUAAAGAGAGAGAAAUGAGGGCUUCAAAUAAACAGGCACAGUUAGAGAUCAUGCCAUCCCAACAUAUGCUUUCAUUAAAGCCCUUGUGAGAAGAGGAACUGGACCAACCGGAAUCCGAAUCUUCUGCGACUGUCUCCUCCUGAGCUCUGUGAUCUCCAAAGGGCAUGUGAUCACCUGGCUACAGGUGGAUGGGGUGGGCGGGCCAGGAAAGUGCUCCACUUUCUUGGGAGUCAGCUUUUCCCUUAACUAGUUCCUUUACAAGACCACGCCUUCCUCACCCACCUUUUUGGUAUCCUCUGAGGUGUGUGUGCACACUUAUAUAUUUAGAGGAUCCCUCUGGGUAUAAGCAGAUCUUGAGCAGCUUCUUACCACCGUCAGGUGCACAGAGAAAAUGUAUCAGACAAAAGGAGGGGUUGUCCCGGAACAAGAGGAGCCCAACAAAGGAGCUACAGAGCAGUGUGGAUGUCAUGGCCCAGGUUAUGCGACACCUCUGGAUGCUAUGAGAGACAGAUCCCUAAAUAUGGACUUUCCCCCCCUGAAGGUCCACGAGAGAAGCUGAUCUACGUGCCCUGCAUCUUAACUGGGACCGGAACACAGCAGCCUGAUUACCUUGCUACGGUGGAUGUGGAUCCGGAAUCUCCCUGCUAUUGCCAGGUGAUCCAUCGCCUUCCCAUGCCGUAUGUCGACGAUGAGCUGCAUCACACGGGGUGGAAUGCCUGCAGCAGCUGCUUCGGGGACACCAGCAAGAAGCGUAACCGCCUGGUCCUCCCCAGCCUGGGGUCUUCCCGCAUUUACAUAGUGGAUACAGGGACGGACCUGCGAGCCCCCAGGAUGUUUAAAGUUAUUGAGCCCAGGGAAGUCUUUGAGAAGUGCAACUUGACUUUCCCACACACAUCCCACUGCCUGGGUAGCGGAGAGGUGAUGAUCAGCGCUUUGGCCGACACGCUUGGCAACGGGAAAGGUGGGUUCAUCCUUAUUGACGCGGAGACCUGGGAAGUGAAAGGGACCUGGGAGCGGCCGGGGGACGAGCCCCCACAAGGCUACGACUUCUGGUACCAGCCGAGGCACAAUGUCAUGAUCAGCACCGAGUGGGGAGUGCCCAAGUACUUUGCGAACGGUUUCAACCCGGAGGAUCUGAAGAAAGAGCGCUAUGGGCGUCGCCUGAACGUCUGGGACUGGACGACCCACUGCCUCAUCCAGCAGAUUGAUGUUGGGGAAGAUUCCGCCCCGCUGGAGAUCCGUUUCCUACAUAACCCCAACGCCGCGCACGGAAUGGUGGGCUGCACACUGCAGAGUUCCAUUCAUCAUUUCUUCAAGACAGAGGAUGGGGACUGGGCAGCCGAAAAGGUGAUCCAGAUUCCAAACAAGAAGGUGUCAGGCUGGUACUUUCCCGAAAUGCCAGGUUUCGUCACUGACAUCCUCAUUUCGAUGGACGACCGGUUCCUGUACUUGAGCAACUGGCUGCAUGGCGACCUCCGCCAGUACGACAUCACCAACCCGUUCUGCCCUAAACUGGUUGGCCAGGUGUUUGUUGGUGGGAACAUUUACAAAGGCGGCGUGGUGACCGUCUUGGAAGACUAUGAGCUGGACUGCCAGCCUGACCCGUUUAUGAUCCAGGGAAAGAGGGUCUAUGGGGGACCUCAAAUGAUUCAACUCAGCUUGGAUGGUAAGAGGCUGUAUACAACUACCUCUUUGUACACACCUUGGGACAAGCAGUUUUACCCUCAGAUGGUCAGGGAAGGGUCAGUCAUGCUGCAGAUCGACGUGAACACCGAGCGCGGCGGCCUCAGUGUGAACCCGAACUUCCUGGUGGAUUUCGGGAAGGAGCCCUACGGUCCCGCUCGCGCCCACGAGAUGCGCUACCCCGGGGGAGAUUGCACCUCGGACAUCUGGGUCUAGGUGGUCUGGGCAGGCAUCUCUCUCCCAUCCUUCUUCCCGCUGAGCUAACUUUACGGGAGCGCGUCCGAGGGUCUCUUCGUCACAGGUUUUCAUCCUUUAAAAAUGUCUGUAUGCACAUGCUGAGUCAUGGGAUGGCAUUGUCCCUCACUCUCCUGAGUCAGCAGUUUUCUUCCCCGCCCACCCCCAAAGUAUUUUUUUCUUAUAUUUCGUACAACAAUAAACCAAUCUAAAGGGGGGGGGGUGGCAUAGGGUGGUUUUGGCACUCAACUCAUUGCAUGACAAGACUGUUGAAAACAGAACUGCAGAAAAUGAAUAAACAUUUUUUUAAAAUCUCA